CCCCUCAGCUCUGGGCCCCGCCUCGUCGCGCCGGCUGCUUCUUCGCGCCCGCCCGACUUCCCAGCGGCCCCGUGCGGCCCGGGCAUGCCCAGUGCGGGCGCAGCGGCCCCGGCCCUGGAAGCGCCCCGGCGGAGCGGGCCCGCGGUGGGCGAGGGGCCGGGCCGGAGCCGCGGCGGCGGAGCUGCGGAUCCUUCAUGAUGAGAGAUUUGGGGACACUUCUCUCUCCUCUGUGUAGCUGAUAGUUUGGUGGUGAAGAAUGGCUGACAGUGUCAAAACCUUUCUCCAGGACCUUGCCAGAGGAAUCAAAGACUCCAUCUGGGGUAUUUGUACCAUCUCAAAGCUAGAUGCUCGAAUCCAGCAAAAGAGAGAGGAGCAACGUCGAAGAAGGGCAAGUAGUAUCUUGGCACAGAGAAGAGCCCAGAGUAUAGAGCGGAAGCAAGAGAGUGAGCCACGUAUUGUUAGUAGAAUUUUCCAGUGUUGUGCUUGGAAUGGUGGAGUGUUCUGGUUCAGUCUCCUCUUGUUUUAUCGAGUAUUUAUUCCUGUGCUUCAGUCAGUAACAGCCCGAAUUAUCGGUGACCCAUCACUACAUGGAGAUGUUUGGUCGUGGCUGGAAUUCUUCCUCACGUCAGUUUUCAGUGCUCUUUGGGUGCUCCCCUUGUUUGUGCUUAGCAAAGUGGUGAAUGCCAUUUGGUUUCAGGAUAUAGCUGACCUGGCAUUUGAGGUAUCAGGGAGGAAACCUCACCCAUUCCCUAGUGUCAGCAAAAUAAUUGCUGACAUGCUCUUCAACCUUUUGCUGCAGGCUCUUUUCCUCAUUCAGGGAAUGUUUGUGAGUCUCUUUCCCAUCCAUCUCGUCGGUCAGCUGGUUAGUCUCCUGCAUAUGUCCCUUCUCUACUCACUGUACUGCUUUGAAUAUCGUUGGUUCAAUAAAGUGGCUGCCUUUUCUCUAUCCUCUUUCCUUUAUUCAUUAUCAGCGCCAAUGAAGCAAAGACCCCUGGCAAAGCGUAUCUCUUCCAGUUGCGCCUCUUCUCCUUGGUGGUCUUCUUAAGCAACAGACUCUUCCACAAGACAGUCUAUCUGCAGUCAGCCCUGAGCAGCUCCACUUCUGCAGAGAAGUUCCCUUCACCGCAUCCAUCACCUGCCAAACUGAAGGCUGCUGCAGGCCACUGAGUUGCCUGCCAUCCAAAGGGGAUGGGCGGGAUUGGAAGAAAGCUGUGGCAGCUCUUUUCCCUGUUCACCUCCCCCUGCCAGGGAAGGCAGGACCCACUCUGCCAAGGGCCCUCUGCGUAUUCCCUUCUCUCUGAGGAAUUGAAAUUUUUGUCUCUGGUGCACGUAAGGCAGAAUGUUCCCUGACACCAGUGUGUGGAUUUUUAACAUCACCGUGAGUCUGAAAGGACCACAAGUUUUUCUGCAGCUAUUUUCUAGCAUUUGCCAGUCCCUGUGCCUGGACUGAUUUGAAUACUUUGUUUUUCUCCCUGUGCCAUUUACCCUUCCACCUUUCCAUCCUGCCUUCUACCACCCUUGGAUGAAUGGAUUUUGUAAUUCUAGCUGUUGUAUUUUGUGGAUUUGUUAUUUUUGUUGUUUUUCUGUGAAGCACAUACAUUGGAUAUGGGAGGUAAAGGAGUGUCCUAGUUGCUCCUGGUCACUCCCUUUAUAGCCAUUACUGUCUUGUUUCUUGUAACUCAGGUUAGGUUUUGGUCUCUCUUGCUCCACUGCAAAAAAAAAAAGAAAAAAAAACCCUGAAGAGAUGAGAUAGGAGGAAAGACCUCACAGCCAGUUCUGCUGGGUUUUGAGGAGUGAUUUUCUUUCUUCCCCUUGAAGGGGAAAAAGCUAUUUUCACUGGUACAUUUAAAGUCCCCCAACUAUGGGGAGGUACCAAUUCUGGACAAGUGCCACUGCAACAACACUAAACCUGAACUUUUCAACUCCGUUGGGGGUGGGAGGCGGUGGGCAGAAAUUUACUAUUGGCCACUGCCAGGUCUGUUUCAUAUUUCAAAGGAAUAUUGGGUGCUGCAAAUAGGAACUGAAGGGGUAAAUGUAUUAAACCUGUGAUUGGUUGUUUUCCUGUCAUUUUAAGAGACUAAAUGUGGGAGGCAGAUGUCAAAAUACUUGUACAAUUUUAAAAUGUCACAAUUAAACGUGAGCUGGUUUCCCACAAAGUGUGUAAUGGUUGAAUUUGCAAAUCAUGAUCUUGAGAAAUGUAUUCAUGGAAUAUAAGACUUUGUCUUGGAUAAUUUAGUAGUUUUGAGGAAUUAGCCCUGAAAAAUGUUCCCUGAGAAAGGCUGGAUUAUAUGAUUAUAAUCACAUUUAUAUUUGGUGGAAGACUCAGAUUGUUAUUUGUUCUAAAGUCUAUAUGUACAUUGCUACUGUGUAUUCAUGCAGUGGGAAAGACCCUCCUAGAUAUUGGUGUAUUGAAUAUUAAUCGAGGGAAGCCAGUAAACAUCUGGUUAACAGAGACCUUUACUAUGUGCAAGACAAAAUAUGGAAUUAAAAAUUGUUGCUGGG